GUGGGUAAAGCCGGCUUCCCACGGCCUGCGUUACUAGAGGCCAGGCCGGAUCGCGGCUUGGAUGCCCGUGCUGAUUACGUCUCCCGGCGAGCCAUUCCAGGUGUGUCCCAGGUGAAAUGAACCGACGACGCGGCGCGCCUUUGAACUUACCGACUCCCGACGGAUCGGACGGGUGACGAGAGAUGACCACGGGCUUAAACGGAUGCCACCGCGUACUGUUCCCACGAUCUGUUCUACUACUUCAUAACUAACUUAACUACCGUAAAUUCAUACCUUCCAUAGGUUUGCCCAAUUUAAAUAAUUAUAUACAAAAUUGUAAUAAUAUUUAUAUCAAGACUUGUAAAUAAUGUUAGCGACGCGUUACAAUAUAUACCUACCAACCAGUCACCCCACACACACACACACGCAUUGUUUAGUUGUAGUCAAAUAAAUUACUUAAAUACCUAGUUAAUUAAACCUAAGUAGAAUCGUUAGGUACUGUUUCAUAUAAAUAUGGAUGUCUUACCUACUUACUGAUACCUACUGUAUGCAUUUUGUAUGUAUAUUUAACCGUGCAUUAUUUUAAUAAACAUACGUUUUUCAUAAGGCGUGCGACCGGUAACCGGUACGUCACAAGGGUCCCGCGCGGUGCGGGGGGAUGGCACCGAGUCUAUAUAAGGCCAAAUUUCUAAUCACACAUGUGCUCACUUACAUAGCGGCCACUGGACGCACGCCUUCGUCAACCUUAAAUAGUUGUUUUACUCCAUCCUGCAAGUUACAACCCCUACAAGCUGGUCUUCAAGCCGGAUUACUGGAGAACCACUGCUGGAGAACGACCUGGAAUGUUCACCACGCCACCGCCGCUGCGCAAGAUGGUACAAACUCGCAGCGCGCACGAACGGGAGAAGAUGGCGCUUCUAGAACAAUCCACCCGGGAUGGACCAUCUGGUCUCGACGUCAACGUGGCGACGUCUGAGAAAAUAACUACCAAGAACGAGCUGAAGGAAUGCGAGCCGCCCGUACGAAAAGUGGGUAGCUGCAUGAAGAUGGAAAUUGGCUGCCACAAAUCUUCCACCUCCAAGAAGAUGUCCAUGGCAUCAAGCAAGCGGUCCAUUGAGGCGAGGAAGAAACAGCUGGAGCUGGAAGCAGCAGAAGCGAUCGCCAAUAUCAAUAAAAAGCUGAUCGAAAAGAAACUGGAAGCGGACAUCGCCGCACUAGAAGACUGUUCUAAAAAUAGUGCCGCGUCAUACUCAUCAGUGAACGUGUCACAAAAGGUGGAACAGUGGUUAGAACAUAGCCAUCACGACGCUAACGAUCCGCCGCGGCCAUCAACCAUACCGUCGCCGCCCGGUGAACCACGCCACGACGCGGCCGCCCUACCCUCAACCGUGCGCGAUAUCGCGCAGUCGCCGCCGCCGCCGCCGCCGCCAGCGCAGCCGCCCUCGGACAUGCAGCAGCUGGUCCAGGCCAUGAAGGACAUCGCCGUCGCCGCAGCUACGAGUACUCCGCACUCCCAGAUGCUGAGCCGUCUGUCCACGCCGAGAGAUCUACCUACCUUCGCCGGCGAUCCACUGGAAUGGCUGAACUUCGUGCAGGCCUAUGAAGAAUCUACAGAGGUCUGUCACUUCACCCCCAAGGAAAACAUGUGGAGGCUGAGGAAGUGUCUCCGUGGUCCUGCUCGGGACUCCGUCACGGCGCUGCUGGUGACGGCCGCCGCGCCCGAGACGGUGAUGGGCGCCCUGCAGCUGCAGUAUGGAAACCCUGACGUCAUCCUGCCCAGGAUCAUACAGGAUCUAAAUCGGCUACACGCAGUAAGUGACGAUUAUCAAAAAGACAUUAUUAGCUUCUCAGUUAAAGUUCAGAACUAUGUUGCAGCUGUGCUAGCAUUAGGCCGUGACGAAUAUUUGCAGGGUAUGAGCAUUGCAUCUGUUAUCCUAUCAAAGUUACCACCUGUAUUAAUUUCUAAGUGGAGUGACUACGGAUAUUCACGAAUAAACGAAGGUACGAAAUCUAGAUUACAAAUAUUGUCUGAUUUUUUGAGUGAGGAAGCAUUAAAAAUAACUAAAACAGCUGUUACUUUGACCGUACCUAAGUUUCGUAAAUAUAAUGAUAAUAAUUAUUCUCAGUCUGUAUUAUUGCAAAGUGUUAACUUUAAUGAUAAAUGUCGUUAUUGUCGUAAAUCUAAACAUGACUUGCCAGAAUGUAAAAGGUUUAAAAAGGCUUUGCGCAAAGAUAGGUGGAGUUACAUUAAACGUAGUGGUCUAUGUUAUAAAUGUUUAAUUUCGCGGCACAGUAAGGAACAAUGCUCCGCACCUGUUUGUGAUAUAGAUAACUGCGGACAGUCGCACCAUAAGUUGCUACAUUAUAACAUGAAUAACUCAUCUCAAAAUAGUGUAAACAUUUCACAACUUUCACCCUCUGAGCCCUUAGUGUCUGAGCCUAUUGUAGAAACUGUUACAAAUGUUAACGUAAUGUCUAAAGUAUUGCUAAAGGUUGUGUCUGUAAGUAUUAAUGGUCCAAAUGGUAUUAUUAACAAUGUUAUUGCUUUGUUAGAUGACGGUUCUACCGUUACAAUGAUAAGCGCAGGGCUAGCUAAUAAGUUGGGCUUACAGGGACACAAACAAACAAUGCGCGUGUGUGGUGCGUGGAACGACACAGAAAUGGUAUGCGAUAGUCAGAUAGUUCAGUUGGAUUUAUGUAAUAAUAAUGGGGACUUGUUUACCAUCAAGGCGCGUAGUGUAAAUAAAUUAAAUUUACCUGUACAAAAUACAUUGUCUGUUGAAACCUCCAAAUAUUUACACUUAGCUAAAAUAAAAGAUCAAUUAAUUAAAGGGAUACUUAAACCGGAAUUACUGAUAGGACAGGAUAAUUAUCAUCUUUUGCAACCUAUGCAGGUCAUUAAGGGUAAGGUUAAUGAACCGUAUGCUACACUCACCCCGCUGGGGUGGUGCCUCCACGGCUGCGUGCCACACUCACCCGCCGGGGCCGCCUGCCACUCCUCACUGCUCGUCUGCUGCCGGGAACCGGAGGAAGAGUCGGAGUGCCAGCGCAUCCUGCGUGACAUGCACGACGAGGUGCGUCGCUCCUUCACCAUCGAGUCCAUGGGUGUCUCGCAGAAACCGCGGCAAAACUCGCUGGACGUUCAAGCAGUGAACCAUCUGGACCAGAAUUCUGUGUUGCUGAAUGGAAGGUGGUACGUCGGCUUACCGUGGAAAACAGCUGAUGUUAACCUGCCUAACUCGAAACCUAACGCUAUGAAACGUCUGGAGAACGUGGAGAAGAAGAUGAAGGCCAACGAAGGUUUUUCCCUCAGGUACAGGGAACGGGUGCAACACCUACUGGACAAUGACUUCGCCGAGGAGCUGACGUGUACACGUACUUCGCCUAGAAUUUGGUACCUACCUCACUUCGGGGUCGAUAACCCGAAUAAGAAAAAACUGAGAUUAGUAUACGACGCCGCCGCUAAAACUGAUGGAUUUUGUCUCAAUGACUAUCUACUAACGGGUCCUGACCUACUUAUGUCGCUGUAUGGAAUUAUGUUACGCUUCAGGGAAAAAAGAAUAGCCGUGACAGGAGACAUAAAGGACAUGUUUCUUAGGAUUAAAAUUAAUCCUGAGGAUCAAGAUGCAUUGAGAUUUCUAUGGCGCGACCAACCGGAAGAACCUGUGAAAACCUACGUGAUGACGUCACUAAUAUUUGGCGCCAGCUGUUCACCAUUCAUCGCACAGUAUGUGAAGAAUAAAAAUGCACUAAGGUACGAGUCUACGAUGCCGGCCGCCGUCCACGCUAUAUGUAAACAACACUACGCAGAUGACUAUAUAGAUAGUAUAGACGACGAAAAUAUCGCUAUACAGCUUGUGAAGGAUAUUGUUUACAUUCACAGUCAGGGUGGUUUCGAGAUAAGAAAUUGGACAAGCAACUGCUCAGCUGUUUUGGAUGGGUUGCCUCAAGAAUCUCUGGGCAAUACAGCUGUUAAUUUGAAUAUGGACCAACAUAAUCAAGGUGAACGAACUCUUGGCCUUAUCUGGUAUCCGAAGAAUGACUGCCUUAGCUUCGACGUCUCGCUGAAGAAAAUUCCUGAAAAUAUAAGGGACGGUUCUAAGAAACCCACGAAAAGGGAAAUGCUGCGGGUUAUAAUGUCCAUCUUCGAUAUACUGGGGUUUCUUUCACCAUUUACGAUAAAAGGAAAGAUUAUGUUACAAUGUACCUGGAAAAAUGGAUUACAAUGGGAUGACGUCAUCACUGAUAGCAUUCAUGAAAAAUGGUCUGAAUGGAUAACUUUAUUACAGCGCGUGGGCUCAUUAAGCGUGCCCCGUUAUUAUCAAAUUCCAAUGGGUGCGAGCGAGAAAGAAGAUGUACUGAAUGUACUGAAUAACAUCGGGCCGGUCUCGCCUAGCAACAGUGACGCGCCGCCUCCAGCUGGCUAUACAAACUUACAGCUACAUAUAUUUUGCGAUGCGUCGACUCAAGCUAUGUGUGCUGUGGCUUACUGGCGCUGGGAAACUAAUGUUAUUCGAACAGCAUUCGUAUCGAGUAAAUGCAGGGUUGCUCCUGUGAAACACAUGUCGGUGCCGCGAUUGGAGCUACAGGCAGCACUUCUAGGAGCUCGGCUCGCUGAUAACAUUGAAAGGGAACACACAAUGAAGCCUAUCAAAAGGAUAUUUUGGAGCGAUUCUAGUACUGUUCUACACUGGAUAAAAAAUUAUGAAAGAAAUUAUAAGUCAUUUAUUGCACAUCGGUUAGGAGAGAUUGACGAACUCACGCACACCAGCGAAUGGAGAUAUGUACCUACGAGUGUGAAUGUCGCCGAUGUUGCUACGCGGGAAACUUGCGAGUUUUCGGUGUUCGAGAACGAGUGGUUUCAUGGCCCGGCGUUCCUUCUCGACGAUGAGUCAUCAUGGCCGCGGGGUAUACUUACUCCUCAAGUGAACGAGUUGGACCUGGAAUGCGUAACGGUUGUACAAACGAACCCGUUGGACACAAGAUUCGUUCCUGACCCGCUGAAAUUUUCAUCAUGGUUGCGGCUACUCAGAUCUACGAGUGUUAUGAUAUCAUUUAUUGAUAUAAAAAUUAAGAAACUCACCGGUGUCAUUAACGGAGAUAUGAUGAUAAGAGCUGAAAGGUUAUUAAUUAAAUAUGCGCAGAUGCAGAGCUUCCCCGAUGACCUGAAGGACCUGAAAAAGAUAAACACAUUAAGUAAAUCAAGUAAAUUACUUACCUUGUCACCUUACCUGGACGACUUCGGAAUCCUGCGUGUUGGAGGUCGCAUCGAAGCUGCGCGCGACGUGCCCGCAGACAUGAAGCACCCCGUCAUCCUCGAUGGCCGCCAUCACAUCGCUCGCCUUAUAGUCAAGCACUUACACAUCCGUGCUGCUCAUGGGAAUCAUGAAACUGUCGUCAACGAGCUGAAACAAAAAUACUGGGUGCUGAAAAUUCGACCAACUGUGAAGCGAGUAGCCAUGGAAUGUAUGGUCUGCAGAAUAAGAAAGGCUGAACCUAGACCACCUAGAAUGGGCGACUUACCGGAAGCACGCAUGGCCCACCAUCAACGCCCCUUCACCUUCUGUGGGCUUGACCUGUUCGGCCCAAUGGAAGUCACUGUGGGAAGAAGGAGGGAAAAAAGAUACGGCGUCCUCUUCACGUGUCUGACUGUGCGAGCCAUACACAUAGAACUGGUGGCUACACUGACCACAGACUCCUUAAUAAUGGCGCUACGCAGACAAGCCUGUCGUCGUGGGUGGGCACAGCAGCUGUUCUCAGACAACGGAACUAAUCUACGCGGCGCAGACACUGAACUGAGGAGAUCAAUACAGGACUUGGAUCAACAAGUUUUAAAGUCAGCUGCUAUCAACUACGGAACCACUUGGACAUUUAUUCCACCUACAAGCCCACACUGGGGUGGGGCGUGGGAGAGACUUAUUCGUUCAGUCAAGGCGUCACUAAAGAUAAUCCUGAGGGAACGCGCCCCUAGAGAAGAAGUCCUACUCACUCUGAUGGCCGAAGUGGAACAAAUUGUCAACAGUCGUCCGCUGACGCAUGUCAGUGUUGAGCCUGGAUCGAGCGAAGCGCUCACACCUAAUCAUUUUCUGCUGGGGUCAUCGUCGAACCUACCUGUCCUCGGAGAAUUCUGUGAAUCAGACCUGUACCUGCGAAAACAAUGGAGGAUUUCCCAACGGCUGGCAGAUAUGUACUGGUCUCGCUGGGUAAAAGAAUUUCUGCCGGAACUGAUACCUAGAAGAAAAUGGACGGAUGAAGUACCACCUAUAAAAGUUGGUGAUCUGGUGGUGAUAGUGGACGGGAACGCCCCGAGGAACAUGUGGCUGCGAGGCGUCGUGGAGGUGGUGCUGCCGGGCAAGGACGAGCGAGUGAGGGUGGUGGACGUGCGCACCCGCACCGGGCUGGUGAGGCGCCCCGCGACCCGCGUCGCAACUAUACCUGUAGGUUAGGAGUGCUGCCUCAGCACUAGGGUGGGGAAUGUUAGCGACGCGUUACAAUAUAUACCUACCAACCAGUCACCCCACACACACACACACGCAUUGUUUAGUUGUAGUCAAAUAAAUUACUUAAAUACCUAGUUAAUUAAACCUAAGUAGAAUCGUUAGGUACUGUUUCAUAUAAAUAUGGAUGUCUUACCUACUUACUGAUACCUACUGUAUGCAUUUUGUAUGUAUAUUUAACCGUGCAUUAUUUUAAUAAACAUACGUUUUUUCAUAAGGCGUGCGACCGGUAACCGGUACGUCACAAGGGUCCCGCGCGGUGCGGGGGGAUGGCACCGAGUCUAUAUAAGGCCAAAUUUCUAAUCACACAUGUGCUCACUUACAUAGCGGCCACUGGACGCACGCCUUCGUCAACCUUAAA